AUGACCAGCGAUUCUUUUCGAAACCGACUAUUAAAAGAUUCAAUUGAUUGGAAGUUCCUUCCUCCGGCAGCUCCGCAUUUCGGUGGCUUGUGGGAGGCCGGGGUCAAAAGCGUGAAGCACCACCUAAGAAGGGUGCUGGGCGCCUCCACCCCGACGGUGGAGGAAUUCAGUACUUUAUUAUGUAACAUAGAAUCAUGUUUAAACUCACGACCUCUGGCCCCUCUCAAGGAUGACAUCGAUUCCUUCGAUGCCCUCACGCCAGGGCAUUUUUUAAUCGGCACGGCGUUAAAGAGCAUUCCUAUGCCUUCCGUAUUCGACAAACCCGAAAAUCGACUAAACCGAUGGACCCUCAUGCGGCAAAAGUACGAACAAUUUUGGCGACUGUGGUCCCAAGAUUACCUCCAUACCCUCCAACAACGAACAAAGUGGCGUGAACGUCGUCCAAAUCUCCGACCGAACGAUCUUGUACUUGUAAAAGAAGCAACGCUUCCUCCUGCCAAAUGGCAUCUCGGUCGAGUAAUUGAAUGUUUUCCUGACGGUGAAGGAUUAGUGCGAGCCGUGCGAAUACGAACGGAGUCAACCACUCUCAUUAGACCGAUUACGCAAUUGUGUAAACUCCCUGUUUCAAAUAGCGUGAAUGGCGAACCUUGCGACGAGCGCAGCGCGAAACACGACGAUCAAAAUAAACAAGAAUAA